CAACGUCAUGUUAUUUCUAAUAAAAAGCUUAUUUAAUUCUGUAAACGGUUAUUGCUCGCUUUUGAAAAGUUUAUUGUAAUAUUUGUAAAUCAAAACGAUAAAAUGAAUAUUUCAGGUUUUUCAUCAAAUGGCGUGAUGGAAAAGCAUUUAAAACGUAGUGAUAGAGCAAAAACUUUUGUUUUACCGAACAAAUGUUUUGAAAAGCACGUCGCGUGUGCAUGGAGGCGAGGAAAUUCUUUUACAGUUUAUCCACGAAGUCAAACAGUUAGUAAAAACCAAGGCAAUAUAAGUGACAACAAAAUCUUGAAAGUGCGACAAGAAAUUCUUCUUUUUAUUCCUAUACUAAGGAAGCUUAUAAAUGACUCAAAUGGCGUAUUUCUUUCUUUGCAAAAAGUUGCGGAGAACACAAAUUCGGACAAUCAGGUGGAAUUUUGGAAACUUUCCCGCCAAUAUAGAUCCAUCGUGAGGUCCAUCAUAGAAAAUUUACAAGAAGCCGCUGAGGAAGAGUCAGACGCUUUGGCUAAGAACAGUUUAAAUUCGUACGCAACAAUUUUUUACUCAAUUGAAUGUAUAUGGCAUCUAUGCGAGAUAUUGUUUAUAAAAAACAUUCCUGGUGAUGUGGUUUUACCAUUUUUGUUAGAAUGGGUUUGUUGUCACUUUCCAAGCCAUGACCAGACCGCAGCACAGUUGCUGGAGGCAAGAGAGAGAGGUUCCGAAGAUCACCCAGAGUAUUGGGAUACUGUUGUUAGUUUGAUAAUUCAGGGGAGAAUUGAUGAUGCCAGAGAUCUUUUACGACUCCAUUCUGCCUCUGAAUCAGCUGAAUUCAAGCUUGUUGCGAAUUCUCUACGCACUAUGCCUGUCUAUAAUAUAUAUGGUGGUAUAUCUAGUGGGGAGUUCACAAUAGUGUGGAAGCACUGGCAGGCAGAGUGUAGAGCCAUUCUGAACAGUCAGUCUUUAAGCUCACUUCCAUACUUGCAACUUAUUAUGAGAUUACUGAUUGGGGACUACACAGCAUUUGAGUCAAUUUGUUCCAAAUACCCAUCCUGGUUCUACCUACUGGGCGGUUAUGUGUUGUUCACACGGCCAUGGGCACGACGACGCGAGCUGGCGGACGCGGCGGCGGCCUGCGCGGGUCUCGGCGCAGCGCACGCACACUCGCACCUUAACACUGUCAUACGCGCAUUGCUUGAAGGUGACCUGCAUCAGAUGAUUUAUGAAAUACAACAAAUGUCUGAUAAUGGCUGGUUUGCUACACAUCUCACUGAUAUGCUGUACCAUUGCGGGAAGUUGCAAGUGUUGGAUGAACACCAGACUGAUAUGACGAAGCGGCUCCGGGAUAGCCUAGUGCUGGAGUACGGGUCGUUGGUGAUGGAGCACGGGGCACUGUGGUGCACGGGCUUGUCGUACCUGGCCGCUUGUCCGCCUGAGGGCCCACGCCGCGCUGAGCUUCUGCUCGAGCGGCUGCCCCUCGACAGCGAGGAGAAGGCGAUGCGAAUCAUCGCUGAAGCAAAGAAAUACGACCUCCUCGGUGUUGUACAGACGGUGUGCGCGUGCAUGAGUGCGCGGGGGCGGGGCGCGGGGCGGGUGGGUGCGGCGCUGGCGUGGGCGGGGCGAGCGCGCGGGGCGGGGCUGUGCGCGGGGGCGGCGCACGCGGCACUACGCGAGUACUGUGCAGGCGCGCCGCUGCCUGCCGCCGACAUGCUGCUAAGCGCCGGCUCCACGCUGCUCAUGGACGACACCCUACUGUUGCUAGGCAAAUACAGUGACUUCCACAGAUUGUAUAACAACAAGGAAUUCAAAAAGGCGGCAAAACUAUUAAUUUCUUUAAUAACAUCCAAAAUAGCUCCAGAAUAUUUCUGGGAGACAUUACUGUUGGACACUUUGCCAUUGCUGGAGGCAGAGGAGCCAGUGUUCUCUUCAACAGAAACAUACGAGAUCCUGCUGUGCCUCGAGCUGCGGACCAAGUUGCUGACUGGGGAGAAGGCGGACCUGUUGCGCCUGGCCUGCGUCAGGAACCUAGCUAGGACUGUCUUGUUGGAUGGUGUUGAAGAAUAACAAAAGAUAUUGGUUGAAGUGUUCAUUAAAAUA